AUGCCGGCCAAGAACCUCCAAGGACAGCUCGCCAUCGUCACCGGCGCCGGCAAGCCCAACGGCGUCGGCUUCGCCACAGCCCGACUCCUCGCCGAGCACGGCGCUGAUAUCGUCAUCCACUACCACAGCAGCAAGGACACCGCCCUCAAAAACGUAGAGGCCAUCCAGGCGCUCGGCGUCGCGGCCAUCGCGGUCCAGGCCGACGCGAGCGGCGUCACGUACGGCCGGGACAUUGUCGACGCGACGCUCGCGGCCUUUCCCGGCCGGACCAUCGACAUCAUCGUCAACAACGCCGGCACCAUCGCGGCGAGCCCCGACCUGGCGGGCUUCACGGCCGAGGACUUUGCCUACGCCUUCAACGUCAACGCGCGCAGCGUCUUCCUGCUGCUCCAGGCGGCCGAGAGGCACCUCGCGUCGCCGGGUGGGCGCGUCGUCAACGUCAGCAGCAUCGCCGCGCGGGUCGCCGUCGCGCCGGCCAACUUCUACGGCGGCUCCAAGGCGGCGCUCAACUCGAUGAGCAGGGGCUGGUCCGAGUACUUUGCGCCGCGCGGCAUCACCGUCAACGUCGCCGCGCUGGGUCCCACCGACACCGACCUCGUCUUCCCCGAGGAGGAUCCGCACUCGCGCAAGCUGCUGAGCGACCAGCACAUCAAGCGCAACGGCACCCCGAGGGAGUGCGCCGAGGCCAUUCUCUUUCUCUCCAGCCCGGGCAGCUCGUUUGUGACGGGGCAUGUGCUCAACGUUGACGGCGGCCUGGCGUACGCGUGA